UCGACCAGUUGGAGACAGUCGGGGGCUAACCGGCUAGGGUCAAUUUUUAAAGCCUAAAACCUCUCCAAAGUCUGGGCAAACCUCUAUGUAACCUCUCUAUCUUCAUCCAUGGAGCUUCUGUAUUCUUCAACCCCAACCAACCCCAACAGUCUCUCUUUCACUCCACCUUUCCUUACCAGGUUUCCCAAUAAGUCUUGGAACCCGAAGAGCACAUUUAGAUACAGAAAACCCAGCAAAAACCCAUCAUUUUCAAUCUAUUUGCCUUCAUGCAAUAGCACAAAGUUUCAAGCUUUCGCACAAUUUGGUCGACCCACGAGCCGCAGAAACUCGCUGAGGAAGAAGCUCAUUGAAGACCGAAAGGUGAACCAGAAUUCUGUUCCUUUAAACCCAAGUUCUGAUUUUCAGCUUUUGAAUAGCAAUUUUGAUGAUUCUGAGAGUAAAUUGAACUAUGAUAAUGUAAGAGAGAGUGAGUUUAGUAAUUGGGUUGCUGAUGAUAAGGUGAAAGAGGGUGAGUUUAGUAAUGAUAGUGUAGCUGAAGUUAGUGAAUUCAAGGAGUCGAGUCGAAAAGGUUUUGGUGAAUCUGUUUUGUUGAGAAAAUUGGAGAGUUGGAUUGAACAGUAUAAGAGAGAUAGUGAGUACUGGGGGAUUGGUUCUGGCCAGAUUUUUACAAUUUAUCAAGGUUCUGAUGGUAAUGUGGAAAGGGUUUUGGUUAAUGAGGAUGAGAUCUUGAGGAGAAGCCGAAUUGAGAGGCGGGGAUUAGAGGGAUCGCCGGAGGUGAACUUGAAGAUUUUGCAGGCAGAGAGUUUAGCUAGGGAGAUGGAGAGUGGGGCAAAUGUGAUUCCGAGGAAUAGUUCAGUAGCCAAGUUUGUUGUUCAGGGUGAGGAGUCGGGUUUUGUGAAGACAAUUCAGGGUUUUACUCUCCAACCGGACUUCUUGCCAAAGCUAUCUAGAGUUGGGAGAAUGAUGGUGUAUGUUUUGAUUGCGUUGUGGGCAUUGAAGAAGUUGUUUGGUUCUGGAAAUAAAGAAGAGAAAUACACGGAAUUGGAGAAGGAAAUGAUGAUGAGAAAGAUGAAAGCAAGACAGGCGAAAGAGGUGUUAGAAAAGGGCAGCCUGGAAGUGGAAGUUGUUCAAGAAUCAUCAGAAGUGCCACUGGAUUCUUUUGAAAAGCCUAAUUUAGAUAGGAAAGAACUUAUGAACACUAUUGUGAGCGCAAAGUCGUCAAAUGGUAAGCUGGCUUUACAAGAUUCUUCAAAUUCCAUGACCAGUAAGUCAUCAGAAUUUGAUCUUAAAGUGCAGGAGAUAAAAAAUAUGGCCAGGAAAGCACGUGAAGUUGAGCAAAUGGAACAUUCCUUGGUUGGUAAUGAUAAGAAAGAAACUCAGCCUGUGAAUGAUGAGUUUUCUGAUGAAACCAAAGUUGUUGAACAGCAUACAGAAGAAGGGGCGAAUACUCUAACUAACCUUUUGGACGGAGAUUGCAGACAAGCUAUGGGUAGUGAUAAUAAUACUGCAGAUUUUAGUAAGUUGGACUCUGAUGAGGAUGAGGAUAUUCAAUCUUCUAGUACUUUAUAUGGAGAAAUUUCAGAUGAUAUGCAAAGCACUAAACACCAGAAAUAUAGUGAAGAGAAUCUAGACUUGGCAGAUGAUGCCCCUUUAGUUGAUACAAAAAAGGCCAAGAAUGGUUCUGUUCAAGUAAAACCAAGGGUCAUAAGGUCAGUGAAAGAAGCUAGGGAGUAUCUUUCUAAGAAACGUGACAAAAAUGAAGAGCGCCAGAUUGAACCUGUUCUAGGAAGUGAUGCUCUUUCAAGGCUACAAAGGGAUAAAAAUGAGAACCAGGUAGGGGAUAUGGCCAACAAUGGAUUCAUGUAUGAGAUUCUAAUUGGAACAUCAGAUUCUCCACCUGCCAAAAAUGCUUCCAAAGAUUGUAGUCCAAAGGAAAAGAAAUUUGAUGAUAUAAUGAUUGAUAAACCUGAAGAAAGUGAUGAAGGAGAGGAGGGAGACAUUGUUGAUGAAGUUCAAAGGCGCCAAGCUUCAUUAGAUCAUGAAGGUAAUGGUAGUAUUUCAUUGACAGAACCAUCUCAGAAACAAGAGAAUUGGAUAGAGGAAAAUUUUAGUGAAUUUGAGCCCAUAGUUUUGAAGAUUGGAGUUGGUUUUAGAGAUAAUUACAUGGUUUCAAGAAAAAACGAAGAUCAAGAAUCAAGUACCAAUAUACCAGAUCUUGGAUCUAAUAAGGAUGAUGAAAGUGAACUGGAAUGGAUGAAUGAUGACAGUCUUAGGGAAAUUGUUUUGCAAGUCCGAGAAAAUGAGCUGGGAGGGCAGGAUCCGUUUUAUAUGAUGGAUGCUGAAGAUAAGGUUGCAUUCUUCAAGGGUCUUGAGAAGAAAGUUGAGAAAGAGAAUCAAAAGCUGUCGAAACUGCAUGGGUGGCUCCACUCAAACAUUGAAAAUCUCGAUUAUGGGGCAGAUGGUAUCAGCAUACAUGACCCACCAGUAAAAAUUAUACCACGCUGGAAAGGUCCUCCUAUCGAGAAGAGUCCUGAGUUCUUAAAUUAUUUUCAAGAGCAGCGGAAGGCAAUUUUUUCUGAAAAUGCAGGGAUUUCACAUCCCGUCAAGAAAGAUGAGAACUUUUUUGAGAAGUCAAUAGCCCAAUCCAAUGAGAAUAUUCCAAAUUCCUCAUCAGCCAAUGGCCCUAGGAAGACGAAUAAAACAGAUUCAAAGACGGUUAUAGAAGCUAGUGACGGUUCUGUUAGAGCUGGUAAAAAAUCAGGGAAGGAAUUUUGGCAACACACAAAGAAAUGGUCCCAGGGAUUUGUGGAAUCCUACAAUGCAGAGACAGACCCAGAAAUAAAAACCACCAUGAAGGACAUGGGGAAGGAUUUGGAUCGGUGGAUCACUGAAAAAGAAAUACAGGAAGCUGCUGAGUUUAUGAUCAACAUGCCUGAAAAAAGUAAGGAGUUCAUGGAAAAGAAACUUAGCAAGCUUAAGAGAGAGAUGGAAUUGUUUGGACCACAAGCUGUAGUGAGCAAAUACCGUGAAUAUGCAGAAGUGAAGGAAGAAGAUUAUUUGUGGUGGUUAGAUCUUCCUUAUGUGUUGUGCAUCGAGUUGUACACAGAUGAUAAUGAAGAACAAAGAAUAGGAUUUUAUUCAUUGGAGAUGGCUGCAGAUCUUGAAUUGGAACCGAAGCCGUAUCAUAUCAUUGGUUUUGAGGACACUCAUGACUGCAAAAACCUUUGUUAUAUCAUCCAAGCUCAAAUGGAAAUGCUUGGGAAUGGCCACGCAUUUGUUGUUCCCCAGCCACCUAAGGAUGUUUUUCGAGAUGCCAAGGCAAAUGGCUUUGGUGUUACUGUAAUUAGGAAAGGGGAGCUUCAACUCCACGUGGAUCAAACUUUGGAAGAAGUGGAGGAACAGAUCACUGAGAUUGGGGGCAAAAUAUACCAUGACAAAAUCAUGCAGGAGCGCUCUAUGGAUGUAAGCUCAUUGAUGAAAGGUGUUUUUGGUUUCAGCGGUAAACCUAUUAGGAGAAAAAAACCAAAAAAGAUGAUGAAGGAUGUAACUGGUUUCAGUGGCAAGCCCGCUAAGAGGAAAAGAUCAAAGCAGAUGCUGAAGAAGCCUAAACAGAAAGAAAGGUAAUAUUCGAAUAUACAUUAUAGAUACUCCAAGAGAUGACAAUAAUCAGUGUUCUUAGACGUCCCUACUGUGGCUGCACAUACGCUGGACAAAAAUUUGUACAAGCAAUCAAAGUUACCAUGACUAGGUGCAAGCCAUUUACAUGA